CUCACGAACAAUCUCCCAGAUCAAGUCGGCAGAAACCUGAGAAGAAGCCAUUGUGAAAUUGCUGGAUUUGGGGGCUUUGCGGAGGUAAUUGUCGACGAAAUUGCGCAGUCUACUUGAUUGCUGGUUGCUUGUGAUUUCGUCUUUACCCAGGCCCAAGAUGGUGCGGGAAUCGCUUAAUUCGCCUAAUGCGUGUUAGUGGCAUCUUUAAUUGCAAUGAACGCGGACACGCAAUAACGCGGGCAUGCACGGUCCACACCUGUCUACACUUGUUGGGAUGGUCCCUUGAGUGUUUGCAGGACUUAGGUACGUACCUUCCAUGAAUGCACUUUGUCAGGGAGGAACGGGACGACGGAGGACAGGUGGGGCCGUGAGUCUCAGCCAACAACCCAAGCGUCGACUUGUCGUCAGACGGGCUGUCUCAAUAGGCUAAAGCCUCAUCAUCGUCGCCUUCAACUUACUCAUUUCACAUCCUCGACUUUUUCGAAAGCAUCGAGUCGCGUCUCGACACGGCUCACAAAUGGCCUAAGCAACAACGCGCCAGUCUUUUCACAGCCCAUUUCACUUUCUGCUGCCCUGACUUUUUCCUUAUCAAGUUUCUAAUCCUUCAUUCCCGAAUCACAACCAUUCACUCGGUGUACAUCGCCCGUCUGUCGAGCAUCGGAACCGUUCCUCAUAUCGAUCUCCAACUACAUCCGAGCUAGCCGACCGAAUCACGCAUAAAAAGACAGACAAAAUGUAUCUUCUCUACGGACUCACCUUCAUCGUCAUCAUCGCGGGGACAAUCCUGUACCUAACGCGGAACUCCUGGCUACAUCUCCUCCCAGGCACCUCAUACCUCUACUCGCGGCUCCCGGGCUCCUUCUCCGGCGACAUCGAGGCGGGACUAUCAAGCAGCACUUUCGACCUCGGCGCCAACGUCGAAUCGGGAGACUCGCGCGCCGGCCUCGACGACGCCGCGAAAGCCGAGAUCCUCAAGAUCAUGAAGAAGCGACGACUGCGCUUCGACGAGGCUCGCCGCGUCUACAUGGAGCAGCGCUUCAGCGCCAACGGCAUCGGCCCUGACGGGCGGCCUAGAGACCCCAAGUUCGUCAGCUUUUCGUGAUGUACACCCCGCGCUAUCCGAGGAAUAAUGUCGAGCGGAGAUAAUGGGGGUGAACGAGGAGUUUGGGCUGCGCUAUGAUCGGAGGGGUGGCUAGAUGUAUUAUUUCCCGAAGGCGAUGAACUCUGUGUCAGGAGGCUCGUUGUGCCGAUUAACUAUAUCCAUCAUGCGAGAACAUUCGCGAUUUCAUUUUUUGUUUGGCUAAGGCGUUUGGCGGUUGUCCUUGGGUUUGGGUGCAUUUUCACUAGGUUCAGAUGUCUCUGUGGCAGUCAUCGUCUGACAGGCAGGCGCCAUGUUCCGAAGGGCAAUAUGGCUUCUGUUGCACCCUCGUGAGGAACUAAGAAUCACAUCCUCGAAAGGCAGUGUACCUACCACAGUGCCCAGCCUCAAAGUUGUUCUUCGAGACACGGUCUUGCAGCAUGUCAUAUCAUAAUACCCUCUCAUCAUGCACUAGCAUAUAACUAUAGCAGAUGUACUCUGGAUUUUUCCUAUUUCUUGGUCGAAGAGAAAGAUAGCUUGUUGCAAUGCAA